UUGAAGAGGUGCUUUUGCGAAAUAAGGACAUCUGUGAUACGGUUUACAAUGUUAAAAUUCGGGGUAAUAAUAUUUUUGAUAUCGUCGAUAUACGUAAACGUAAACGGCCAAUGCUUCUACAAAGACGACUCUUCCAAGAAAUUGGACACACAGUCGCGGGAACAGUUGUACAGAGGACAACUGGAUUUUACAUUGCACCUGUUUAAUGAAAUCAAUAAAUUGGUUCCUAAUGACAAUAUAUUCUUCUCACCGUACUCAGUUUACCAUUCGCUUUUGCUAGCGUACUUUGCUGCCGGAGGACAAACUGAGAAAGCUUUAAAAGGCUCUUUGAAAAUAGCGGAUAAAUUGGACAAAAUCAAUCUAAUUACCGCAUACAAAGUGGACAAAAGAUCUCGAGCAGUCAACAAUAACAGCGACAGCUACGAAUUUACUAGCGCCAACAGAAUGUUCGUUGACAAAGACUUGAACGUUCGCCAGUGUAUGCUUGACCAGCUUUCAGAAGAGCUGGAGACUUUGAACUUCCACGACAGUCCCCGGGAGGCCCGCGAGCACAUCAACGACUGGGUUGCACACGUGACUAAGAAUAACAUAAAAAAUUUGCUACCCGAAGAUGCAGUUUCUCAAGCCACUAAAUUAGUUUUAGCUAACGCUGCCUACUUUAAAGGAGUGUGGGCGUCGAAGUUUCCCGCUGAAAGAACGAAAAAGGAACCAUUUUUUGUUUCAGAGACUCGUCAAACCCUUGUGCCUUUCAUGAAACAGAAGGGAACUUUCCAUUACAUGGUAAAUGAUGACCUCGGCGCUCAAAUAUUGGAGCUUCCUUACAAAGGCAAUGAUAUCAGCAUGUACAUUCUCCUACCCCCUUACUCUAUGAAGGAAGGGGUUACAAACAUAAUCGCAAACAUGACACCUGAACGACUAGCUGCAGUAGUGGAGGAGAGUUACAUGGGCCGCGAAGUUAUUGUCGAGAUUCCCAAGUUCACAAAUGAAAGAAGCUUGCCUUUGAAACCGAUUUUAAACGCCAUGGAUGUAGGCGACUUGUUUAACUCGUCCGCCGACUUCAGUACCCUUACAGCAGACCGAGGCGUGCUCUUCGAUGAUGCUGUACACAAAGCCAAAAUUCAAAUCGAUGAAGAAGGUACAGUAGCAACAGCCGCUUCAGCUAUUUUUGGCUUCAGAUCAUCGCGGCCGGCGGAGCCUAGCGUUUUCAUUGCGAACUUCCCGUUCGUUUACAUCAUUUAUGAACGUCCCACCAACUCUAUACUCUUUAUGGGCGUCUAUAGAGAUCCUAAGAAGUAG